UCACGUGGUCUUUCAAGACCCGGAAAAACGGGAGUGACAUUCAAAGUCUGAAAACGUUGAUAACAUCCAUUGUUUAAGUUCGACGUUUUAAGAUAUUUUCUUACAUGUACAGGUUUUAAUAGCCUCGGUUGUCUCCAGUAUGUUGCAGGCUUUGAAAAGCGUCAGACACCUGCAGUCCAGUGCAAUGAAACAAGCAGUUUCAGAGCUUUGUGUCCCGGUCCCAUGGGGAGAGCUCAGAGGGAAAGUCUGGGGUCCUGAUCAUGGUCGUCCCGUGCUGUGCCUGCACGGCUGGGCUGACAACUGUGGUACAUUCAACACCCUCAUUCCCCUUCUACCCAAAGAGUUCAGAUAUGUGGCAGUGGAUCUGGCGGGUCACGGUCUGUCGUCACAUCGUAGUCCUGGAGAUUUCUACUCUUUUCCGGCGUAUGUGAUGGACGUACGCAGAGUUGUUGACGCUCUGGAGUGGAGCAAAUUCUCCAUCAUAGGCCACAGUAUGGGUGGUAACGUUGCUGGAAUGUUUGGUGCACUGUAUCCUGAGAUGGUGGAUGCUGUCGUACUGCUGGACUCAUAUGGAUUCUUCCCUACAGAUAAGAAAGAAAUGUUGAAAGUGAUGAGGCAGGGGAUGGAUCAGAUGGUUCAGUUUGAAAAAAUGACGGAAGAUAAGAAGAGAAGAGUUUACACUUAUGAAAAUGCAGUAGAGAGGCUGAUGGCUGCCAACCCGAUUCUGUCUGAACGGUCUGUGCACAUCCUUUUAGAGCGAGGUCUAGUUCAAGUUGAAGGAGGUGUGGCGUUUACCCGAGACCUCCGUAUUAAUCUGAAAAAUAUAACACGCAUCAGUUUGGAGCAGAGUCUGGAAUUGCAGUCGGGGAUUCAAGCCUCUGUUCUAGUUAUUCUAGCAGAGGACGGCUUUGAGAAAAUGUUUAGUGAACCAGAGCAAAAGAAAGUCACAUCAGCAAUUCUCCAGGCCUAUAGGGACAGAAAUCACGCGGUGGUGACGGUACCAGGUGAUCAUCACGUCCAUCUGAAUGAUCCUAAAGCUGUCGCUCCACUUGUGUCUGACUUCCUGCAGACCAAAGUGUUGACGCAGCCAGCCCGACAAACAGCUGAACGGACCUCGAAGUUAUAGCAAACACAAAAAACAUUGGAUUUGCCUUAAGUCAUAUUACAUUGCUGAUUUUAACAUAAAAUGUGUUUGUAUUCAUAUUGUACUGUUUACACUCACCUUGGUGCUAAAAACCUGUCAACCAGCUAUGUAAGCAUAACUCAUGUUACUUUUGCUGAACUCCUAAAUUAUUUAAUGCAUUUUAAUAGAUAUUUAAUAGCCGCUUCUCUUCAACUCCAGAUGGUCUGUAAAAUAGUGAAGGGUGGUGUUGGGUAAGCUGAAGAGACAAAUCAGCACAAAAAAAAGCCAAAUGAGCUGAGCAUGAUAGGAAGGACUCAGCCAGCCAGUGCCAGUGCCAGUGCCAUUAAGCUCACCAAGCUCCAUAACCACACAGACCUUUACACACAUCAUAUUGGUCCGUUACAACUCUACUCAGCCAGAGAUUUCACUGCUCUCAGUUGAGAUGGAUGGCAAAGCACUGCGGUGUUAGCCCAUAGCAGACCUUCCCAUUGCUCAUAGCUUAAUCCCGACAGAACACCACGGCGAUUUUCAGCCUGCUUGCAUGUUUUUUUUAGCUUCGCAUUGUUGAAACAGAGCAGCUAAUAUUGGUAGCGAGAGCAAGAAGUUAGCAGACUGCCAAGACUGCACCUUUCUCUCUGCUCUGCAUCAAGGGUGUGUCCCUAAAGCUCUGCCCUUGGUGAAACAGGGAGAUCAAAGGAGAGGACAGAAAGACCGCAAAACGCAGUAAAGAUUCACUGAGCUGAAAUGGAAACACUGCGCUUCAUUUUUAAGGAUUCUGUUAUUCUACAGUAUUAAAAACAAAACGAAUAUCUUAUUCCUACAAUAGAAAACCGAAUACCUACCCAACGAACAAAUAUCC